UUCGCCCCGGAACCCAGUCCCGCUAACCCUCGAUGACGGACGACGCUUGGAAAUGCAGUCAACCUCUGCGAACACAUCGCUGCCGUGUGUGUCCAUGUGAACUUGUCUUUCCGCAUUGUCCAGCAAAUCCUGCCGCACGCAAUUUCGCCCUCGCACCUAUUCUGCGCCCCGCAAACAACUCCAAACAUCACCCUCGUGACCCUACGCUUCCUACCACUCCCUAGCACUCUCCCUCAACAUGGCGCGUGAAAAGGACCCCGACGUCCCGACCCCCGGACCGGCACAGCUCACCUCUCACGCCGGACCGGAUGAAUGGCUUGCACAGGCAAAGCUCUGCCGCUACCUGCCGGAAGCGGACAUGAAGCGGCUGUGCGAGGUGGUGAAGGAGUGCCUGAUGGAAGAGAGCAACAUCCAGCCGGUGCAGUCACCCGUCACCGUCUGCGGCGAUAUCCACGGUCAGUUCUACGACCUCCUCGAGCUGUUCAACGUGGCGGGCGGCAUGCCGGGGGAAGUGGAGGAGAAGGAGAGAUUAUCGGCGGCGACGGCGGCCAGCACGGCGAGUCCGAAAGGCAGCAUUGGCAGCGCAAGCGGCUUCGAGCCCAAGAGCCCCAGUAGAGGAGGGAUUAAUGCGGCGGACAUUGAGCCGCCAAGUCAGAUCAGUGAUCCGCGAGUCAAGAGGAAGAUGAAGCGGCGCUUCCAGCGCGACUCGGCGUACAUAUCCUCCACCUCUAACGACGGCAACUCGGAGACGGGUGAGGAUGACGAAGAGUUCCGGGGCAGAGUGCGGAGUCGAAGUUUGGAAGAUGCAGAGGACGACUACGAAGAUGAGGACAGCGAGGAUAGUGGGGUGGGCGUGAGGAGUACGGGGCAGAGCAGGAGCAAGAGUAUACACAAGCAGGACCUGGCGAACGGGAAACAGAACUUUGUGUUCCUGGGGGACUUCGUGGAUCGGGGAUACUUCAGCUUGGAGACAUUUACAUUGCUUAUGUGUCUGAAGGCGAAAUAUCCCGACAAGGUCACACUGGUGCGUGGCAACCACGAGUCGAGACAAAUUACGCAAGUGUAUGGCUUCUACGAAGAGUGUCAGCAAAAGUACGGCAAUGCAUCGGUGUGGAAGUCAUGUUGCCAGGUGUUUGACUUCCUGGCUUUGGCGGCCAUCAUCGACGGCAAGGUGCUGUGUGUGCACGGUGGAUUGAGCCCAGAGAUUCGCACGCUGGAUCAGAUCCGCGUGGUGGCGAGAGCACAGGAGAUUCCGCAUGACGGAGCGUUUUGCGAUCUCGUGUGGAGCGACCCGGAGGAUGUGGAGACGUGGGCGGUGAGUCCGAGAGGAGCGGGGUGGUUGUUUGGCGAUAAAGUGGCGAGCGAGUUCAACCAUGUCAACGGUCUGCAGCUGAUCGCGCGUGCACAUCAACUGGUCAACGAAGGCUACAAGUAUCAUUUCGCAACACAGGACGUGGUGACGGUGUGGUCGGCACCAAACUACUGCUACCGAUGCGGCAACGUGGCAUCCAUCAUGACGCUGGGAGAGGACCUCAACCCGGACUUUAAGAUCUUCUCCGCCGUGCCGGAUCAUCGGAGGGCGGUGCCGGCAGGACGACAAGGGCGUGGGGAGUACUUCUUGUAAUGAGCAGGGGCUGGCUCUCGAUUCUUUGUUGUAUUGAUGUACCUAUAUGACAUCCUGCAUUCCUGAUGGAGCUAUGAGGGUUGGUUUGCGAAAGGGGGGAGUACAGAAAUGCGUGCAGUCAACAUAGCCUGCAUGAUAGUUGAUCUCCCCAACUGCAUUGACCACAC